UGAAAAAGAAAAUGAACAACACGUUGAUAUUUGAUGCUGAGAUUUUGACAGGAUACCUUCUCUUUCGAAGGAAGCGCCUCUGAUAACCGCGCAUGCGCAGACAUUCCCCGGCACCUUUUCCGCAAUCAUGUAAACAUUUAUAACUACUUCCCGUUUUAAUCUCUGCAUGUUUCUGACCAACAUCUAUUCGUCAAAUGAAGGGUUGUCUGGUGUUUUUGGGUGUUAUAAUCACCUUUUGCGCACUUGUCUCUCCUCUGUGUUGUCAAAAUAUGAGCUCGGGGCAGACUCGGACUAAGUUAAACGGCUCUGCAUUUGAUUUCGACUCGUUCAGGGAGCUGUUUCACCGCAGGUAUGACGUCAACAGCGAGGAAUUUAACCGUCGUCAUCUCUAUUUCCAGGACACUAUGAAGCGGCACAAAUACCUGAACUCAUUUUCUGCAGCACCACACUCUGCAAAAUAUGGCAUCAACCAGUUCUCAGAUCUAUCACAGAAGGAAUUCAGGGAGCUCUACCUGCGAGCAAGCACUGCCAGAGCUCCCUCUUUCUCUGGACUGAAGACAGAGGGGCUCCCAGCCAGAUUUGACUGGAGGGACAAAGCAGUGGUGUCACCGGUCCAAAACCAACAAGCAUGUGGGAGUUGCUGGGCAUUUAGUGUGGUUGGUGCCAUGCAGUCCGUCCAUGCUAUAGAAGGCUCCACGCUAGAGCGACUCAGUGUGCAGCAGGUUCUGGACUGCUCUUAUAAAAAUGAAGGCUGCAAUGGAGGCUCCACAUUACAGGCUUUGGAUUGGUUAAAACAGACCAGAGUGAAACUGGUGCUCGAGUCAGAGUACUCCUACAAGGCCAAGACAGGAAUCUGCCAUUAUUUCUCCCAGUCACAUGGUGGUGUUGCACUGAAGAACUUCACAGCGCAUGACUUUGGUGGCCAGGAGAAGGCCAUGAUGGGUCAGCUGGUGGAGUGUGGUCCUCUGGUUGCUCUUGUGGAUGCUGUCAGCUGGCAAGAUUACCUGGGUGGAAUUAUCCAGCACCACUGCUCCAGCCACUGGUCGAACCAUGCUGUCCUGGUUGUUGGAUACGACACCACUGGGGAUAUUCCAUAUUGGAUUGUGCAGAACUCCUGGGGAACCUCAUGGGGGAAUGAAGGUUAUGUUUAUAUAAAAAUUGGGGACAGUGUUUGUGGUAUUGCAGAUUCUGUGGCAGCAGUUUUUCUUUGAUAACAUUCGAUAUUACAUAUAACAUCCAUGAGUGACUGUGUGUAUGUUCAGUGCUGCAUCAGUUUAAAGUGUUACCUUAAUAUUUUUAUUGAAAUGCCACCAUCUCACAUCACUAAGACAAAAUAAAUCAUUUCAUAUGCUGGUUGAUAGCACAGCAAUUAACACCAUCACUCUACAGUAAAACUAAAUAAGAGUACAUGCAUGGUACAAAAUAUAUAUCUUAUUAAAUACAUAAGGUAGAUACAUGUUACAGAGCUACAGUAGUAAUAUUAUGGCUAAUAUUACUCACAACUAUUGAUACAGAGAUCACAUUAAUUACUGCAUAAAUAUAUAAAAUUAAGAAAAUACAGAACCUCUUAAUAGCUACAUUAACAUUAUGUUCAAAUGUUGGUUUAUAUUUUAUAUUUUUAUGCAAAAUGCUCUAUUUUAGAUGCUGACAUUGAUUGUUCAUACAGAGGUUUGCACCUAAGCCAUAUCACAAUAGUCUGAAAUGUCUCCCUCUCUGACACCUUCCCUGUGCUGUUGUGAAAAAUGAUGUUUGUAAAACACUAAUUUUCACCACCAGUUUGAUCACUGCUUUCAGCGAUCCAUCCAUGUUCAGGUCAGUCACAGUGAAUUUGCAUAGUUUAAUAAAAAAAACAAAAAACAUCUAAGCAAAUCUUAUCAGGGAGCCGUCUGCUAUAAGUUAGGAUUAGACAUUAGAGCAACCUAGCCUAAGGUGAUUAUUUAAGGGUCAGACACUGCAUCACAGGUUGUGCAUACUGAUAUAACUAAAAAUGCUGUUUAUUUUUUUUUCUAGCUUAAUUAUAGAAUAUUUGGUAUACUUUACUGUCACAGUGAAAAUGUUUUUGAAAUUUUUUUUUGUACUUCGCUUGCUAAACAAUAAAAUGUACACAUUUUGUAAU